AUGGCAUCCCGGUCUUCUUGUCAUGCAAUAAAACAUGAUGUGUUCAUCAGCUUCAGAGGUACAGACGUCCGCAAAGGUCUGCUUAGCCAUUUGAGAAAAGAAUUACGUCGCAGGCAGAUUGAUGUGUAUGUGGAUGAGAGGCUUGAAAGAGGAGAUGAAAUCUUACCCUCACUUCUCAGAGCAAUUGAAGAAUCCCAAAUUUCAUUGAUCAUAUUCUCAAAAGACUAUGCUUCAUCCAAGUGCUGCUUGGAAGAGCUUGCCAAAAUUAUUGACUGCAAGCAAACUAAUAAACAGAUUGUCCUGUCUGUUUUCUUUAACGUAGAUCCAUCAGAUGUGCGGAACCAGCAGGGAGAUUACGGAGAUGCUUUCGCCCAACAUGAAGAAAAACUGAAGGAUAAUGGCAAGGUACAACGUUGGAGAUCUGCUUUGAGAAAGGCUGGUCGUUUGUCAGGUUUUCACUAUCCAACAAAUUUUGAGGAUGAAUCUGAUCUUAUUGAUAAAAUCGUGGAAGACAUUGCAGAAAAAUUGAGCAAGUUUUAUCCAAGUGAAACGUAUGGUCUCGUUGCAAUUGAUCAACAUAUUGAGAAAAUUCAAUCCUUGUUGAUGAGGGAAUCAAAUGAAGUUAUGUUGGUUGGACUUUGGGGCAUGGGUGGCAUAGGAGAAGACAAAGACUAUGUCAUUAGCCAACUGGAUGCUUGGGGAUUUCAUGGAGCCAGUGGCAUAGAGGUUCUCCAAAAAAAAGCUCUGAUAACAAUUUCUAAUGACAAUAGAAUUCAAAUGCAUGACUUGAUACGACAAAUGGGUUGUGAAAUAGUUCGUCAAGAAUCUAUUAAAUAUCCCGGCAGACGCAGCCGAUUGUGGGAUAGUGAGGAAGUUUAUGAUGUAUUGAGACAUAAUCUGGGAACAGAUGAGGUGGAGGCUAUGAAAAUUGAUUUGUCUCAAUUUACAGAUUUACCUUUGCGUGUAGACACUUUAAAGAAUAUGCCUGGUCUAAGAUUUCUCAAAUUAUAUUACCCGUUGCAUAUCGAGCUUUCUAUGCCGCCUAGCCGUGUUAAAGCAAUGUUACUGGUAUUGGGAUUGUAA